CCCCCAGAAUAACUCAUUUUAAUUGUACUACGUUUUGUAUACACGGUUUACAGUAACGCAUUCCAGGUCCACAUUUUCAAAUGGAGGAAACUGACGGAUCUCCAGCGCCGAUGGCGGAGCCGGUGAACGAAAGACCGAGGAGGAACAAGAGAAAGUCGUCGGUGGCGGAUAUCGACGCGUCUCCAGAGCGCAAUUUCAAACGGCCGUCUUUGAGACGAGGAAGUUCUUUUACUUUCCUGACACCUGGACCCCAGUGGGACUUCACGCUGAAACGCAAGCGUAGAGAGAAGGACGAUGCAGACGCUGUCAGUCUAUGCAGCUUUGACUUCAAGGAACCCUGUACGAAGCGUGUGAGGCCUCUCGGCCGAGUGACCUCGCUGGCGAACCUCAUCUCUCCCGUGAAGAAUGGGGCCGUCCGACGCUUCGGCCAGACCCUCCAGGCCUUAGACACAGCAAGCCUUGAGCAGGCAAUAAGCAUCAUUCAGGCCGUGUUGGCUGACAUAAACAUGAAGAAAGGGGAGUCCGAGUGUCAGUACUAUAUCGAUAAGCUGGAAUAUUUGGAUGACAGACAGAAAGACCCACGCAUAGAGCAGUGCAAGAGCCUGCUUUGCCAUGGGGAACUUCGCAACAAAAGUGGCACGAAGUUGCAUGUGUUUCUCUUCACGGAGGUUCUGGUCUUGACCCGGCCUGUUACACGGAACGAUCGGCACUGUUUCCAGGUGUACCGCCAGCCGAUCCCAGUGCAGGAUCUCAUAUUGGAAGACCUGCAGGAUGGAGACGUCCGCAUGGGCGGCUCAUUCCGAGGGGCCUUUAGUAAUGCCGAUAAAGCCAAGAACAUCUUCCGGGUACGCUUCCAGGACCCAUCUCAGGGCCAGUCCCACACACUGCAGGUCAAUGACGUCUUCCACAAGCAACAGUGGAUCAAUUGCCUCCGCACUGCCAUGUCGACCCAGAAAGAUUCGCCGCUCCCUGAGAGUGAAUCCUUGUCCCCCCCUGCCAGUACCGACAUUAACACCAAACGGCGCUCGUCUUCCGUCUCCGCCAUCAUCCAUAUGGAAGAGACGGAUGAGAACUGUCCACGGGCCGCGGCCUCCGCCCCUUCGUCCCCCAGCCCCACGCCCUCCGCAACCUCCACUCUCUCCUCAUCCUCUUCAUCAUCUUCAAUUUCCGCCCCCUUCCUGCCCCGCAAAUCCAAAAAGGACAAGCGUUCAAUCUGCUCGUUGGGCAAGAGAAAGGAGACCAUGGUGUAAAGACUAAGCUAUCCCAGGGUGCACAUGGAGUGGCACUGUGUGGAGGACUUGUAUUUAUGUGUGUGUAUGGACUGUGUGUUUCUACAGCAGUGUUUUUGUUACUGUCCACAAUGGCAGCUAUUAUUACCAAAUCCCUCCCCCCAAAACCCUCCCAGGUCCAUGUGGGCCGCACCAGUACCAGAAAGACAGUAUUCGUGAGGCGACUGUGUGGAUCUCAAGGGAUUGAAGAUUGAAGACGCAUCCCGCACACUUUAAAUCACCACCUUGGUUUGUGUGAAAGUGCAAGAUCACACAUCUAGUCUUGUUUAUUGUUAGUUUGGUCAUAUUUUUGUUUUAUUUUAUUAAUAUUGAUUUUUUUUUUUUUGUAAUUAAAGUUUUACUUUUUUUAAAUUUAUCAAUAAGAUAUUUACUGUAGCUCUUUUUUGUUUUUAUUAAAAGCACUGUGUUUAGCUUUUAGAAGGGAAGAAUACCCACUGAGAAAAAAAGAUGAAAUAUCCAAAGCAAUGAAUACUUUGUAAAAGUCUGAUUCAUAGCUCUACUGGAAGGCAAGUCUUACAAGUACAUUCCCAUUAAACAGAUGUUUUAUCAGCUCCAUUUUAUAUUUAAAUCAGAAGGUAUAAUUUUUAU